AUGGCUGAGUACAAGUUGAAGAAGCUCAGGGAGGAGCAAAAGAACUGUGUGAAAUACGCAAAGGAGGACGUAAACUUUGCCAAAACCAGGCGACUUAUUGAGAAAUACGAGGAUGAGAAGAUGAAGGAGGCCUUCUUUAAGACUGUUGUGAAGAGGAAGCAUACGAAUGCAUCUAAGCUUGCUGAUUUCAUCCUAGCAAAUGAUCCUAAUAAGAUGAAUGCCCUGAUAUGCAAGUUCUGUGGGCAGCACAAUGGGUUAGUUGACCCCAGGAAUCCAGAUAUAACGCACUUCUACUGUUAUGACUGCAAGAAACGUAAUGAUAGAGUUGGAAUUGAAGAGAUGAAAGAUGAAGACACACUAUUUGAAGAGAAGAUGGAAGAAGCCCUUACAAAAGAAGCAGAUUAG